GUUACAAGUGACAUGGCUGUCACUGCGACAGUAAAUAUUCCACGUCCCAACUUAAUACUGUGGACGGAGUGAUGUCUCCGCCCAUAUUGUCUGUGAUUCGACGUGGAGCACAAAAAAAAUUGUUGAUAGUGAGAAAUCGAGGAAGUCCGAAGUCAGAUGUUUUAAGUUUUUGAGGACGUGUUAUUUGCGUGCUUCUGGAAAAUGAACUGGUGCUUCUGUGCGUUACUUUUAAUAUUUAUGACAUGUGCGGUACAGUUAUCACUUGAACAAGUUCGACGGAAAGAUGGUUUGAGUUUAGGUGAUAGAGUGCAGCAACUGACGGACAUGACGGUUAAGAAGUCCAUUCUCCGUUUCAAUGGCAACAAGUUCCGGGACUACGUGAAAGCUACGCCCCGCAACUAUUCUAUGGUGGUCAUGUUCACUGCAAUGGCACCUCAGCGUCAGUGUUCCAUAUGCAGACAUGCGCAUGAUGAGUUUCAAAUUGUUGCCAAUUCAUUUCGCUACUCCCAGAUGUUUUCCAACAAGCUUUUUUUUGCAAUGGUUGAUUUUGAUGAAGGACCAGAUGUCUUUCAGAUGCUUCGCCUGAACACGGCUCCAGUGUUCAUGCACUUCCCUCCGAAAUCCAAGCCAAAGCAGAGUGACACCAUGGACAUCCAGAGGGUUGGUUUCGCAGCAGAAGCACUUGCCAAGUGGAUCGGAGAGAGGACGGAUGUACAGAUUCGAGUGUUCCGGCCGCCAAAUUACUCUGGGACCGCGGCACUCAUCAUGCUGUUUGGUCUUGUAGCCGGCUUCCUGUAUCUGAGAAGAAACAACCUGGACUUUCUGUACAAUAAGAAUAUCUGGGGAAUUGGAGCUGUGUUUGUGUGCUUAGUGAUGGUGUCCGGCCAGAUGUGGAAUCACAUACGAGGGCCACCGUUCGUCCACAAGACAUCAUCCGGAGGUGUGGCAUACAUCCAUGGUUCCUCGCAAGGGCAGUUUGUGCUCGAGACCUACAUCGUCAUCGUCCUCAACAUGGCCAUCGUGCUCGGCAUGAUCCUGAUGACGGAGGCCGCCUCGCACAAGGGCGACGUGCGCAAGAGGAGGAUCCUGGCCAUCGUGGGCCUGGUGCUGGUCGCAACAUUCUUCAGCCUCAUCCUCUCCAUAUUCCGCUCCAAGGCCCACGGCUACCCCUACAGUUUCCUAUUCAAGUGAGGAUACCAUCUGAAUCAUUGUGUGUACUGUGAGUGCUUCAUUUUUGCAUUAAAACAUGCAAAAACAUUUUUUUCCUUUUUGUGAUAUUUGUUGGUAUUUUAUUUGUAAUUUAAUGUUAAAAACAAUUAUUUUAUUUUGUGGUGAGAUUUUAUAGUUUAGUUUUCCUUUGUAAAAAUUAUUUCUUUAAUAAAUAAAUUGUUGUGCAAUGUUUUAGGAAAUAUACCUAAAUAUGAAUAAAAAAUAAUUUUAGAAA